GGCAUUCUUUUUGCACAAUUUGACAUGCAGAACAUUACUUUGCACAGAUGAUGACUGCAGAGCAACGCGAGCCACUACUCCAAAACUUUACGGCCACUCUUUCACAUGCGGCACAGGUGGUGGGGUCAACGGUAGGAUCUACUGUGACCGCAGUUGCGUCGGGAGAAACUCCUGUGACCGGUGGAGGGCACUAUAAGGGGGCACUGCAUAAAUUGUGGCAUGGGCGACAUGCACAACGUCACGAUUACGGCGCGGAAGGUCACCAUUGUGAACACCAUGACGGUAGCCCGUCUGACGGAGAGGAUAGCACGGAACUACAAACUCGUGCACCGCCGCCCGAUGGAGAACCGCUUGUGAAUUUGCAAGACUUGGACCUGUUUCAAGCUUCACAACGAGGCAUACUUCAGCGCGUUAGGGACUUGAUAGAAAGUGGGGCCGCGCGCGCAGGGGAUCGAGAUGGCGGAAAUUGUACCGCUUUACAUUGGGCUGCCAUCAAUAAGCACCUGGAGGUCGCAAAAUACCUUAUAGAACAGGGGGCCGAACCUGACUCUUUUGGAGGUGACCUACACGCAACACCACUGCAUUGGGCGGCACGGAGUGGCCAUGUCCAAAUGGUGUCCUACCUUCGCAAGUGCGGCGCAGAUCCAUCGCUUAAAGACAAUCAAGGAUAUAAUGCCUUGCAUCUUUCUGCCCACGCGGGACACUGUUUGAUGGCAGUUUACCUGCUGUCUAUUGGGAUGGAUAUCAAUUCGGUCGAUUCCAUGGGGCGGACGGCGCUUAUGUGGUCAGCCUAUCAAGGAAACUCGCCCGAGUUGUUGGAAGACCUAUUACGAUCGGGUGCUGCUUUGGACAUGACAGAUCAGACUGGUUACACGGCCUUGCAUUGGGCGGUCAUCUCACACCAUCUAGACCUUGCAAAGAAGCUAAUCAAAGCGGGUGCGCGCAUCGACAUCCGGGAUCCAGAGGGGAAAAGCCCCGCCGAUUGGGCUAAAGAGCGGGGACAUGCUGACUAUUACCAGCAGAUCCUUGUUGCAUGCGGUCGAGUAGGCUCCAAGACAAACAAUGACGGUAGACCGUUCGACAAGCGUACGACCAAUCGAAUCAUAUACGCAAUACCUUACGUCGUGCUCCCGUUAUCUUGCGCUAUUCUAUCCAAACUGCCAUUCUACUACAGUCUGCCUAUAACAUUUAUCAUUAUCUUUGUUGUCCAUUCACAAUUUUUGAUUCGGUACCUAAUGGCCGGUCACCGGAAUAUGGUCUCAACACCUUUCAUGACCGCUAUACCUCAGGCAACUCUACUUUACGUGUUCUUGGUGUGGCUGAAGAUUGUGCCAUAUACGGGAUAUCUUUACCUAGAGCAUAUAUUCUUUCUCUUCUUUUUCGCGCUAUGCUGUUAUUCUUUUUAUAAAGCAAUUGUGAGCAAUCCCGGAUACAUACCAAAAGCCAGUUUUGAAAACCGGAAAGAGGCUGUCAUUGCGCUUGCCGAAAAGGAUCAACUCGAUUCGCGCACGUAUUGCGUGACGUGUUGUAUUCGUAAGCCGUUGCGAAGCAAACAUUGCAAAUUUUGUGAUAGAUGCGUUGUUCGAUUCGACCAUCACUGUCCGUGGACAUACAAUUGCAUUGGUGCCUUGAAUCAUCGAUAUUUCAUGAUUUUCACGGGAUCACUCUUUAUGGGGGCGUGGAUGUUUGUUUACAUUACCUUUUCGUACCUCAACAGUUUGGAGAGACCCAUACAGGGAACACCCACCUGCAGCAUCCCUAUCGAAUCCGUAUGCAACAGUUUCGCCAAUGACGGAUUCGCGUACCUGAUCGCAAUAUGGGCCGGCCUCAAUUCAACGUGGGAUCUGUUCCUCUUUUUGGUACAAGCAUGGCAGGUAGCACGCGGAUAUACCACCAACGAAUCAGCCAACUGGCAUCGAUUUUCCUACCUUGUUGAACCAGGGGAUUGGAAUAGACCACCGUGGAGGCGGAGAAUGAGGAAUGCAUUUGAUUUAGGUUUUUGGAGGAAUUGUGUGGAGUUUUGGGGUGGGGAUGGUGGGGCUGGGGUUGGAAUUGCAGAAAAGGGUAGAGGGAAAGGUUCGAGGAGUCAGAGUCUAUGGUAUGACAUUUACGAACUACCCUCGACUACGCAGUCAAAUGCAAAGUCCAAUGAGGAUAUGGUAUAAUAGUAAUCAUAGAGUGCAUAUUGUAAUGGGUGGGAAGAAAAUGAUUAAUAGCGUAAAAUCUGCC